AUCAUUUGCCAUCUCCAGCCACGAUCGUCAAACUCGCUGAAAUUUCGACCGUAUGGGCACGAUGCAUGACUUCGCCUCCUCCUCCCAUAAAUUCCAUUUUCCGCAGUCAGGAGUACGCAGUGUGAUCAGAGCCGCCAUGACGAUCGCAUCACGAUCCAACUUGACCCAUUUCACUUAGAAGCCUUUACCUUCUCGUAAGAGAGUGCUUUUUUGUGUCGGUGCGCAGGAGAGUGAUUCUGGACGGCGGUGGGAAGGUAGACCAGCUCAAUGUGUAAUAAAAGGCACUUUGGAAAUAAAACAUAUAAAUAGGUGAAAAAAAGAACAAUAAGAAUAAUAAGGAGUAAAAAAAAUACCACGCUGAGUGCCAUUCGUUGUUCUCUCUCGCUCUCUUGUUCCCUUCCAUUAUUUUUUAUUCCUCUCUCUACACAUCUCAUUCUCCGCGAUCUUCAAUUCGUGAUCUUCAACUGACCAAGUCUCUCAGUUUCCACCGAGAAGUCAAAGCAUCAACAAACUCUGGCGUCUCGAUCUCGCGCGCGCGCGUCCUUCGGUAUUUUCCCUCAAUUUCCCUCACCUCAGUUGCCGGUGCAUUUCUCACCUCCCGAGAGGAAAUUCUAAUCUCCACCGCCCACACUUUCCCACCGAAAUUCCAACUCCGUGCGUCGGCGACUCUCAGGUGCUCAGUAUAGAAAAUUCUGUGUUAUCAUUGUACAUAGAACCGAGGCUCUGCGUGUGUGUGGGCUCAGCAGGUGGAGAGUUUCACCUCAAGAGCCGCGGCCGUUCAGUGCUUGGAGUGAAGUUCGUGGGUGCACACACUUGAUAAGUGUCCCUCAGGAGAGCGUCUUGCACAGUGUGAUAAGACAUUCCAGAAUCGUGUCUCUCCCACGAGUGAUUUCCGCUGGCUCACUUUCACGGAUUCAGUGACAGAGGAAGAAUAUGGUCUCGCAUCGCGGAGUUUGCUGCUGAAAAAAGUGAACUACAAAAACGUCCACCCGCUCGAAUUGUGCAGCGAAAAGGAAGGGAAAUUCGAGAAUUGCGCCAAUUCCGUGGCGUGGUGUGUGAAGAGGAGUGAGAUAGAAUUAUGUGCGGUGUACAUUUGAGACUCCCCCAUAGUGUACCUUAACAUUUUACCAGAGGAAGCCAAAAAUGCUGCCCAAGAAGCGUGUCCAAGCUCUCACCCUCGGCACCAUCCUCAUUUGCAGCCUUCUCAUUUCUGGCAGUGCUCAAGACUUGGUGAGGCGACGUACCAGCAAUGUAUGUCAGUCGAGCAGCGUUUGUCCACCGAACGCGUACUGCGAGUACAAUGCAGAUCCUCUCGACACCGGCCAGUGUGUCUGCAAUCCUGGCUACAUCAUUGUGGCGGAGAACAAGAAACGCGAGUGCUAUCCGGUGGCGAAGAAUCUGGGAGAUUCUUGCACGCACGAUGAUCAGUGUCAAAUGGCUUUCAGUACGGAAUCAGAGUGCUUCCAGGGAAGGUGCGACUGCAAACUAGGAACGCACUUUGUCAGGCGCGAGAACACCUGCUACAAAAGUGUCAAGAUCAACGACUGGUGCCGCUUGACAAACAAUUGCCUGGGCGAGGGAACUGUCUGCCGAUCGGGUGUGUGUCUGUGUCCUUUCAACAAGCACCCAAAUGAGGACUUCACGGAGUGCGAGGACGACAUCGCACUCGGAGAGUCUUGCUUCAGGGAUUCCCAGUGUGUGGCCAACAACUCGCGCUGCCACGAUAUCUGUCGCUGCCGCGUGAGUCACGUUCUAAGUCAUGAUCGUACGAAAUGCUUGAAGAUUGCCGAGCAGUUGUACGACGAGUGUGAAGAGUCUAUCCAGUGUACUUAUCAGCUCAAUUACUCGAGCUGUGACUUUGACUAUGAUUCCGAGACGGUGGGAAAGUGCAAAUGUCGGCACGGAUAUCACGAGUCCAACGGGGCUUGCUUCGUGUCUGUGGAAGUCGGUGGAAUCUGUGAAAUGGAUGAAAAUUGUUCCUUGGACCCGUUCUCCAUGUGCCAAGAGGGCCGAUGCGUGUGCAUGGAGGGUCUCGUGAAUAUUAACGGCGAGUGUUCCUUAUCACCAACUCUAUCGCCCAGCAGAAUUCUCACGUUUCUCACACUUUCUCUGGCACUCGUGCUACUAAACUGAACCACCCGUCGUCACACAGAGUCUGCUAUCAGUCAAAGAACGAGAUAACAUCUCAGCCGUUGCCAAAUACUACGUUAGAGUCGCAUCUUGAUGAGUAUUUCCCUAUUUAUUCUCUCCCAAUUGCUCAAGAAAAAGGUGCAAGAUUGUAGAAAAUUCUGUGUAUAAUUUAUUAGAUAAAAAAAAAUUGUAUGUAAAAAUACUUUUGUUAAUGUUAAUAUUGCUAUAGAGUCUAAAUAUUAUCAAAGAGGCAUGAAGCAAAUAAACUAAUACAUGUAAAAUCGUAGAAAAUGCCUUUUCUUCUUAAGUAUACACAGGAUAAUAGAGUAUUUGUGGGUGGACUUCUACGAUAAUACUGUGAAUUGGAGCAAAAGUGAUGGAUAGAACAAAGAAAUACCACCAAUUAUAUACGUAUAUGAUGAGCCUAUGCUCCAAAAUGCUGCAAUAACGAUCGAAAAAGAAGAAAAUAAUUAUAUAUUGGCAACAUAACGGAGAAUAAAGUUAAUUACUCACCCA